AAACCACAUAAAACUAGCGAGCACCUCGGAAGUGAGCUUUAAUACUUCAUUCCUUCCAAGUCAAGGAAUCCUUCCUUUAAGGGCAGAAUAAAAUCGGGGAGAGAGAGAGAUGAAGGGAGAAGAGAUUGCGCAUAGGACGCUGGAGCUCAACGGGAUAAUGAUGCACGUCGCAGAAAAGGGAGAGGGGCCUGUGGUUCUAUUUCUCCAUGGUUUCCCUGAGCUUUGGUACUCUUGGCGUCACCAAAUCGUUUCCCUUGCUUCCCGCGGUUUCCGCGCCGUUGCUCCCGAUCUUCGCGGCUACGGCGACACUCAUGCGCCGCCGGACAUCGCCGUCUACUCCAUCUUCCACCUCGUUGGCGACCUUGUCGCCCUCAUCAACGCUCUAGGCCAAGAGCAGGUAUUCGUGGUGGGGCACGACUGGGGUGCGAUUCUGGCGUGGAAUCUUUGCGUUUUCAGGCCGGAUAAGGUGAAGGCUAUGAUUAACUUGAGCGUGAUUUUCCGGCCACGUCAUCCGGUUGUUAGGCCGGUUGACUUCUUCAGACAGCAUUAUGGGGAUGAUUACUAUAUUUGCAGAUUUCAGCUGCUUCGUUCACUCAUGCUUCUUAAUCCGCCAUUUCCAGAUCUGUCGAGGUCGCCGAAUCAAGCAUCGUACCUUAUCGAAGAAGAGAGAUUGAAGAGAGAAGGUUCUUUGGGGCUUUUUCAUCCGUCAAUUUUAUUCAGAGAAUUCUUCUAUUUAUUGACCACAGGAUCGAGACUGCAAGAUGAACCAGAUCAAGAUUGGGUAGAUUAGUCUAAAUCAGUAUGU